AUGGACAUGGAUUUGCUCAGUUUUACGUGUAUUAGACCUCAUACUUUUUUUUCUAAAACUUAUUAUUUGAAAGUGAUGGAUGAUGAAGUUUUGAUAUCAGCUUUUAGCAAUUAUUAGAACCCAAAAUACCGCAUAGAACUUAAAUUAACAACAUAAAUUUUAUGGAAAAUGGGAAAGCAAUAAUUAAAAGCAUUCGGAAUAGUUUACCAGAAUAAAAUUAAAUAUUUUGAAGCAUCGUAAAUGCAUCUUGAAUCUUUGAAAAAUGCUCUUGGUGGUAGGGUGAUUUACAGAAACAUGGCAUCAUUUUAUGAACCAGUUAAAUUGAUAGGAGAGGGAUUGUCAGCCAAAGUAUUUUAAAGCAUUGAUAAGAAAAGUAAAAAUGCAGUAGCGGUAAAAAUGAUAAAACAGGAGUUUGGAAGAGAGGACUAAGCAUUGGACAUAGUCAAAACGGAAGUGUCAAUCUUAAAGUAGUUAAACCAUUAGAACAUAAUAAAGGUACUCGAAGUCUAUGAGAACGAUUAGACAUUUUGGAUAGUCCAAGAAUUCGUAGCAGGGACUCCAUUGAGUGAGACCCUGAAACAAAAGCUGCCCAGCGAAUAGAUUAAGACCAUAAUGAUUGGUCUCUUAAAUACAAUAAGUUAUUUACAAUCUCAAAAGAUAGUCCAUAGAGACAUAAAGCCAGAGAAUAUCAUAAUAUAGAAAGACAAUUCUAUAAAAGUGAUAGAUUUUGGAUUCGCAGCAAAUCUGAAGUUCGGAUCAGUCAGCAGUGUCUGUGGAACUCCAGGAUAUUAUGCUCCUGAGGUAUUGAGACAAAAAGAAUCCAGCUACAAUUCAGACAUGUUUAGUGUCGGAGUUGUUCUAUUUAAUUUGUAAGGAAUUCCUAAAAAACUAUUAGAAUAACAAACCAACCGAUGCUUAAAUCUAAGAUAUGAAGAGGCAGCGGAUCUUCUCAAGAGAAUGUUGGAAGUGGAUCCGACCAAAAGAAUUACGGCUACACAAGCCUUGGAACAUCCUUAUUUUAAGGAUAAAAUGGAGAAAACUAGUUACGAGAAGUAGGAUAGUCACUAUCUUCGGAAAAUAAAAUUAUAUAAUUAUAAUAGUAGUUAAAUAAUCAAUAAUAUCAGCAGAAGAAAAGCAAUAAAAGUCUGGAUGCUAAAACUACGAAUGUUAUUGAUUAAUGAAUUUAUAAAUUAUCAUUUUCUACUAUUUCUUUGCAGUAUUUUAUUGUCACUUAAUAAUUUUCAGUUUAAAUAAAUUCUCUUUAAUUUAUUUAUUGAACUUAUGGAUAUUCUUAUUUAUUCCUCAUCUCUUCACAAUGCUUAACAAUCUAAUCAAUCCAUAAGAAUCUAAACAAUAGGAACUGACUAAAGAUCGAAUAGUUUACAUUUCAAAAAUAUCAAUGUUAUCCUCAAAGAAUUGAAUAAAACUCACACCAGAAGGAAAAGCUGCUAUUGCACCGAAUGUGGAUGCAUGGGAAGGUUCUAAUUCGAGAAUAUGAACACAAGAUAGUUCUUUGAAAACUAGAAAAGCAAUUAGAUUGUCAAUACAAAAAGCGCCUUAACACUAACGCUACCAAAAUAAGAGAUCUUCUUUUAAAGAAAGAGAACAGUUAGAAAAACAGAUAAAAAAACAACGAUUAUCGAUAGCAGCACUACUGGUGAUAAAAUAGAUGAGUAGAAGACAUAAUAUUUCAAUUUCAACACGCAGUCGAGAUCUUCUCUCCUCUCUAAUAUUCUUGGAAAAAGAGACUUAUAGAUUAAACAAAUUAAUAAAAUCAGUAGACCAUAAGCUUAAUACGAUUGGAGCAAAAAAUGA